AUGAGCCAGCUGAAGGUGGAGUCAGGCCCGGAGGUGGAGGCCCAGGUGCAGUCCUGGGCUCAGUCGGUGGUUUACACGCUGGAGGAGUUGGAGUGUAAAAUCUGCUACAAUCGUUACGACACCCGCAGCCGGAAGCCCAAACUGCUGGGCUGUCUGCACCGAGUCUGCGCCAAGUGUCUGAAGAAGAUGGCCGACAUGGGAGAAUCUUCACCGUCUGUCAUCAGCUGCCCGUUCUGCCGCCAUGAGACCCCGGUCCCCGAGGAAGAGGUGUGGCUGAUGGAGGACGACCGGCACAUUUUGGCCGUGUUAUCGUAUCAGGACCGGGCCCGGCGAGGGGGGGGUGGAGGCGGGGGGGAGGUGGUCCUGAGUCCCAGCGCUGUCCAUCCCUCUGCAGGGGCGGGGACGGGGACGGGGGCGGGCCCGGGGGGGUCCGCCGAGGCGUCGCACCGCUCCUCCGACUGCCUGGUCAUCACCAUCAUGGAGCUCCCCGAGGAGUCGCCGUCCUCGGACUCGCUGAGCACGCUGAACGUGGUGGGCCUGUACCGGCCGGCCAGCCUGGACUCGCUGCCCUGCCGCCUGCCGGCGCACAAGUGCCGCGCCUGGACGUCCCGCGGCUUUCCCCGCUGCCUGCUGGGGGCGCUGUGUCUGGUGUACUUCAGCUCGCUGCCUCUGGGGAUCUACCUGCUGAUGAUCGGCCAGCUGUGGCUCGGCGUCCUGCUGGUCAGCCUGGUGCCGUCCACGCUGCUGCUGCUCGUCCUCUACGGCUUCUGCCAGUGUCUCUGCCACGAGCUGAGGGAGGUGCUGGUUGCACGCACGCACAGGCUGCCAUAG